AGACACGAUUUCAUAUGACAUGGGAUAAGCUAAGUUGCUUGCUUGAAAGGCAAAACAUUAAACUGUUUAUUGUAAAUUGCCCACUUCGCUUUUCUAGGCAUCUUUUAGUUAAGUCGAUGGUUUAUAUGUAUAAUGACAUAAUGGAGGACAAAUUACAUGAGCAGCUUUCUGUGACGCCGUCGGAGGUAUGCCUUACAGAGUCAUUGAACGCAGCAGAGAAGUUAGACUGCGGCGAGCUAAAGGAAAACAACAAAGAUGGCGUUUUGACUGAAGAAAUGGUGUCUGGAGGUUUAUCCCACCUUGGAUGUGAUCUGACUGGACAACAGCACGUUCUGUGUGACGUAUCCCUACCUGGUCUCAAUCUCAGAGACAUAUCCGUGUUAUACAACUAUGUCCAUCUUCGUAAGUUAGAACUGCACCACAACAACAUAAAGGAUUUAUCCUGUUUGAGCUGCAUGCCCCACCUUAUCAUCUUGGAUGUGUCUCACAAUGAAAUCUCCAACUUCUUUGAAUUCCAGCCACUCCAGUAUCUACAGGUGGCCAAUUUCUCAUAUAACCACAUACCAGACAUAAAGGAUCUGGCCGGCUUUUUCUGCCUGCGUAAACUGGAUCUGGACUGCAACUGCCUCUCUGAAAUCAGUGGUCUUGAGCAAUGUUCGAUGCUCACUCAUCUCAGCCUGGCUUACAACAAAAUCACAAAAAUCACACUGAGCAGUCUUCCUCUUACACAUCUCUGCCUGAGAGGUAACCAGCUCAAGGACACUGAAGGGUUGGAGAACUUACAGAGCCUGCAGGUUCUUGAUUUGUCUAUGAAUCGCAUCACCUGUCUUUCAGGCCUUCAGAACCUCCGCUUUCUAUGCUCCAUCAACCUGGAGAAAAACCAGAUUUUGAAAAUUCCAGAUCUAAGGCAGGUUAUUGGUCUACCACUGCUGACGAACAUCAACCUGCUGGAAAACCCUGUGCAGGAGCAGCCUAACUACAGACUAGAAGUCAUCUUUCUCCACCGGCAUUUGACAAUGCUAGACCAGGAGACAGUCAGUGUAAAAGAAAAGGUGUCUUCAAGGAACAUGUUUGACCCUCCUAUGGAAGUAUUAGCAGCAAUAGAUCACAUCACCCACGUAGUUUAUCAGAUGGGACAGCCACAGAUCCUCUAUCAUAGUACACCACCUACUGCAGGCUACCUCUACCAAAUGCUGGUGCUGACGGGCCCUGAAGGCUGUGGGAAAGAAGAGCUGGCUCACAGACUGUGUCAGGAGUUUGGUGAAUACUUUGGUGUUGGAAUCUGUCACACUACACGGAAACCCUUCAUUGGAGAGGAGAAUGGGAUUGAUUACCAUUUUGUUAGUGAAGCAGAUUUUCAAAACCUAGUUCACAUGGGUAAGUUUAUCCAAGCCAUGCAGUAUGGUGCCCAUCUGUUUGGCCUCACCAGUUAUGCUAUAGAAGACGUAGCUGAAGAAGGACUGAUUUGUUGUGUACACAUGGAGCUGGAGGGUGUUUUCAGUCUAAAGAAGAGCUGCUUUAAGCCUCGAUACAUCCUCCUCGUACCCACCCAGGUGGACAAGUUCAUAAGCCAGCUGAAAAGCCUUAACAAGUACACCCCACCACAGAUUGAUCAUGCAGUGCAACGUGUGGACCUCUAUUUACACACCAAUGAACAACGUCCAGGAUUCUUCGACAACGUUAUUCCAUGUGAUGACUGCGAAGAAGCUUACCAGACCUUGCAGCAAGUGGUGAAGGACUACCUGUUAGUUGUGGAAGAGGAGGAGGGAAAGAGCAACUGUGGAUUGUCUUCUGACAGGAGCGUUUCAGGUUUUUAUUCAGCAGAGAACCCACACCCACUACUGUCAAGAUCACGAUCGGAGACACGCGCAUCUCUCUCAGGAUCAGCCCUCGACCCCUCAAACUCAUCCUUCAUGCCCUGCUUUACAAAUAUCCAGGCAAAGCUCAACCCUUCAAAAAUAUCCAUUGUGAGUCCUGAGCAGGAGCUUGCCUCCAUGAGGAGGCGAGAGCAGCUGGCUAGAGAAGCUGUUGUUGGAAAGAGACCAGGGUUGUUCAGCCAGCUCUUCAAAAGGUACAAGUUUACACAAAAAGCUUCAUCACUGCAACCUUAUCAAGAUCCUGGUACCUGCUUUCAGGAGGAUAGCAGCUCUGAUAUGUCUCAUGCCGGCUCAUUGCUAUCUCUUUCUAGCUCAGCCAGUGGGACGUUUAAAUCUCUACAUAGCUCCAUGCUGGAACAAACAUCAGAAUUGCUCAAAGAUAGAAAUCUGGAAUUCGAGGCAAAGUCCAUCCUGCCUCCAAUCCCAACUGGAAAUAAGACAGGUGAAGCCCUCAAGUCACCUCAGUUACCCAGAAUCGACCCAAAACCACCAGUCAAGAAGAACAAAGGUGCAAAUGUGGAGGGAUAGUUUUGAUAGGUUUAGUUGCUGUUUUUAAAACAAAGCAGAAAAUACUGAAGUUAUCUUUUUUUUAAAGUUAAAAUGAUAUUUUUUACAAAAAGAUAUGCAGCAAAAUAAAAAGCUUUGUCUCAUGA